AUGGCUGGUGCAGAAGUUGAAGAGGAAGCUGGUAUUCCUAAGAAGAUUGAGAGCACUGAGGAAGUACUGAUUAAGUGUCAGUGCUGGGUGCGUAAGGAUGAGGAGGAGCGGCUGGCUGAGAUACUGUCGAUAAACGCGCGCGUGAGCCCAUCGAAAUUCUAUGUGCACUAUGUCAAUUUCAACAAGCGUUUGGAUGAAUGGGUUACUGGGGAUCGUAUAAACCUGGAUAAGGAAGUUAUAUUUCCGAGACCCAAGAGACAGUUGGAAGAGGACACGAACAAGAAGCAAAAGAAAAAGAAGAAGUUUCCACAGAAAGCUGCAGUGGUGGAGUCUGAUGCGAAGAGCUCAGAGAUGGGUGAAGGUAGUGAUGUUAUGGAUCUGGAUAACUUAAAUGUGCGAGGUCUGAAAGACGAAGAGAUAUCUAGGGAAGAUGAGAUCAAAAAGUUAAGGACUUCCGGUUCCAUGAUUCAAAAUCCACAUGAAGUGGCUCACGUUAGAAAUUUGUCCAAGAUCAUUAUGGGGAAAUUUGAAAUCGAGCCUUGGUAUUUUUCUCCAUAUCCAAUUGAGCUCACAGAUCUUGAUGUGGUAUACAUCGAUGACUUCACGCUGCAAUACUUUGGUUCCAGAAAACAAUACGAACGUUAUAGAAAGAAGUGUACACUACGGCAUCCACCUGGAAAUGAAAUUUACAGAGACGAUUAUGUUUCAUUCUUUGAGAUAGAUGGUCGAAAGCAGAGAACGUGGUGUAGAAAUCUGUGUUUGUUAUCUAAACUCUUUUUAGACCAUAAGACGUUAUAUUACGAUGUUGAUCCAUUUUUAUUUUAUUGUAUGACUAGAAGAGAUGAGAUGGGCCAUCAUUUUGUUGGCUACUUUUCUAAGGAAAAGGAAUCUGCUGAUGGUUAUAAUGUUGCAUGUAUCCUAACAUUACCACAAUAUCAGCGUAUGGGUUAUGGUAGAUUAUUAAUCGAAUUUUCUUAUGAACUAUCCAAAAAGGAAGGAAAAGUAGGUUCGCCGGAAAAGCCAUUGUCGGAUUUGGGUUUGCUAUCUUAUAGAGCUUAUUGGUCGGACGUUUUAAUCACACUUCUAGUGGAGCAUGGAAAAGAAGUUACCAUUGAUGAAAUAAGUUCAAUGACAUCAAUGACAACAACUGAUAUCCUUCACACUUUAAAAACAUUAAACAUUCUACGAUACUACAAGGGACAGCAUAUUAUAUUUUUAAAUGACGAUAUAUUAGAAAGGUACAACCAGUUAAAAACCAAAAAGAGAAGACAUAUCGAUGCAGAGAAGUUACUAUGGAAACCUCCUGUAUUUACUGCAUCGCAAUUGAGAUUUGCCUGGUAG